AUGCUCUCUGCCUCGACCGCCGUCGCCCCCGGUCGCGUCGCGCUCUCGAAGACGCGCGCAAACGCUCGCGGGCACCGCGUUCAACUCAAAUCCCGCUCAUACGUCACGGCCAACGCUUCAAAGGCCGAAAAGUACGAUGAAAUCGAUAAAGAACUAUCCAAAGUCAGAGCGUUACCGCCGAGCGAGCGCGCCGAGGCCUUGGAGAUCGCGACGUCCACGGUGCGCGGCGCCCUGAACGCGAUGAGAGAGGAUUCGUGGUUGUGGAACAGCGCGCUGAAGAACCCGCAGCGAAGGAACGUGUUCCCGAACGAGCUGAAGCGCGUGCUCAAGGCGGCGCCGGAGCAAAUCGCAAAGCCGAGCGACGCGAACGAUUUAAAGCUGAUCGUCACGGUGACCCUGACGUGUUCGCUGGCAGCGGUCGUGGUCGGGGCGACGUUACCGGGGGAUAUCGGGGCGUUCGGUGCGUAUUUACUUGGUGGGAUUCCGAUCGUUGUCUUGGCCGUCGGUUCGACGGCGCCCGGGUUGCUUCGAGUGGCGACGGAUCGCCUGGCGCGCGUGGAUCCAGAGUAUCGACGAAGGAUCGCUAGACAUGAGGCUGGUCACUUUUUGGUUGGGUAUGCGUGCGGCGUUCCUGUCGGGUCGUACAAUCUCGGGAUCGAUGAGAGUCACGUAAACUUUAUGGAGAGCAAGCUUGAGCGGAAAAUUUUCCAAGGGGCGAAACUCAGCUCAAGCGAGGUUUUGCCGCUCGCGGUGAUCUCCAUGGCUGGCGUCGCCGCGGAAGCGAUGGAGUUCGAGGAAGUAAUGGGUCAGAGCGCCGAUCUGUUCGAUCUGCAGAGAAUUUUGAACAGAGUCGAUCCAAAGUUGAACGACGCGAGUCAACAAGAGAUAACUCGUUGGGCGGUGUUUCAAGCGGCGACCAUUCUCUCCGAAAAUCGCGCUGCGUUCGACGCGUUGACGGAGAAGAUGCAGGAAGGCGCGUCGGUGGUCGAUUGCCUGCAGACGAUCGAGGCGAAGCGCGCGUAA